AUGAAACGUGCUGGCUCUCGUCGACGUCGGAAACAGGUGACAAUGGAGGAAGAAGUUACUGUUGAAGGCGAUAUUGCUGGUUCAUCUAUAGCUGGCGUAAAAAAUUUAAAGAAAAGUUCUACACGUCGUAGAAAAAGUGGCAGACCAAUGACCAUUGAAAUGGAAAAAUUAAUUUCUGAUUAUGUAAACUACAUCAGAUCAAUGGGAGUUGCUGGUUUGCGACGAGAAUUUGAGGAAUUAAAAAUGUAUGUGCCACCAAACAAUGCACAUGAGGCAUUUACCGCAAAUCCUUUUAAAAAUCGAUAUCGUGAUGUACCUUGUCUGGAUGUUACUCGAGUUGUUUUAACACUAAAUGUUCCACCUGAAACUGAUUAUAUACAUGCAAACUGGCUAAAAAUGGAUGGUUGCGCUCAUCAAUAUAUCGCUACACAGGGUCCACUAGAAUCAACUGCAAGCGAUUUUUGGCGUAUGGUACAUCAAGAACAAAUUACAACGAUCAUAAUGUUGUGCAAAACUUCUGAAGACGGCAAACCGAAAUGCUUUCAGUAUUGGCCAGCAGAAAAUGGUGAAAAUAAAACUUACGGUUGUAUGUUUGUCAUGAAUAAGCGAUCUGAACAUGAGGAUAAAUUUGAAACUUAUCUUCUGGAAGUGUUACCGGAAGGUUGUUCAAAUUCAACAAUCGUAAAGCUUAUACAUAUGACAGAUUGGCCGGAUCGUGGUGUACCACAAAGUGGAAUGACUGUAUUAAGGCUAAUUCGAAUGAUGCCUACUAGUUCGACCAGCAUAAUUCAUUGCUCAGCUGGUAUUGGUCGUACAGGUACAGUGGUAGCAAUUGACACAUUAUUGUCACGUCUUUGGAAAAACCAACCAUUAAAUGUACCACAAGUUGUUAAGGAGAUGAGAAAUCAGCGUGCAUCAAGCGUACAAAAUGAAGCACAAUACGUGUUCAUCUAUACCACUGUAUUGGAUUAUAUUAAAGCGAAAUUACCAUUGAAGUAUCGUGAAUUUGCUGUUUCAUUUCAUGCAGAAGUGAAGAAGGCAAAUAUGAUUUAA